CCAGGGACCAGGGAGUGUCUAUCUGCCUGACUCUCCUUCCCUCAGCAGAGUCUCUCCUCUCUCACCACCUCAGUGCUACAGACUCCCUCUGUGACCAUGUCUGUCAGAGCUGUGAAGACCACCACCUUCUCCACUGUGUCCUCCCAGAGGAGCCCAUCCCACGGCUUCAGCAGCCGCUCCUUCUCUGGCUACGGGGGCUCUGGUAUGGGUAGUGGCAGGCAGAGCUAUGCUGUCCGCAGCUCCUAUGGGGGACUGGGCAGCAGUGGGGCUGCUGUGGGUGCUGGGGGUUUUAAAGUAGCCGGUGGGUAUAUUGCUGGGGGGUCUGGACAAAGAGGAGGCGGAAUAGAGUUUGGCUAUGUGGGCUUUGGUGGAGGUAUGGGAGGUGGCAUGGCCAAUGAAGUGGUGACCCCCAUCACAGCAGUGACUGUGAACAAGAGCCUGCUGACCCCCCUGAACCUGGAGAUUGACCCCGACAUCCAGGCUGUCCGCACCCAGGAGAAGGAGCAGAUCAAGACCCUGAACAACCGCUUUGCUUGCUUCAUUGACAAGGUACGCUUUCUGGAACAGCAGAACAAAAUGCUUGAGACCAAGUGGAAACUUGUGCAGGAACAGACCACAUCUCGCUCCAACAUUGAUGCCAUGUUUGAAGCCUACAUUGCCAACUUGCGUAAGCAGCUAGACAACUUGGGCCAUGAAAAAGUCAAACUUGAGUCUGACCUGAAUCACAUGACAGGUCUGGUUGAAGACUUCAAAAACAAGUAUGAGGAUGAGAUCAAUAAGCGCAAUGAGUGUGAGAACAACUUUGUCCUCAUGAAGAAGGACACGGACGCAGCGUACAUGAUCAAAGUGGAGCUGGAAGCUAAACUGGAUGGGCUCUCUGAUGAGAUUGAGUUCCUGAGGCAGAUCUAUGAUGCAGAAAUCCAUGAGCUGCAGAGCCAGAUCAAGGACACAUCUGUUGUGGUAGAAAUGGACAACAGCCGUAACCUUGACAUGGAUGCCAUCGUUGCUGAAGUGCGUGCCCAGUAUGAAGACAUUGCCAACCGUAGCAGAGCCGAGGCUGAGUCAUGGUACCAGACAAAGUAUGCAGAGAUGCAGCAGUCCGCAGGCAGAUAUGGUGACGACCUGAAGUCAACCAAGGCUGAGAUCUCUGAAAUGAACCGCAGGAUAUUGAGGCUCCAGUCUGAAAUUGACAUGGUUAAAGCACAGAGAAACAGUUUGGAAAAUCAAAUCGCAGAGGCAGAGGAGCGUGGUGAGCUUGCAGUGAAGGACGCUAAACUACGCAUCAGAGACCUGGAGGAAGCUCUCCAGAGAGCCAAGCAGGAUAUGGCCCUUCAGGUCCGCCAGUACCAGGAACUGAUGAAUGUGAAGCUGGCUCUGGACAUUGAAAUCGCCACCUACAGGAAACUGCUGGAAGGAGAGGAGUACAGGUUAGCCACUGGAAUCAAGACCAAUAUCUCUAAACAGACUUCUGUGAACUACAAUGCCUAUGCCCUAGAGAGCUCUCGUACCCCGUCCUACGUCAGCUGCUCCUUCGGUGGAGUCAAGGCCAGCACCAAUUCUGUCCCUGAUCUUGAGGAAGCAACAGUGAAGAGCACCACAGUCACCAAGACAGAAACUGUGGUGAUCAAGACCGAGGAGAAGAAGGAGGAGAAGAAAGUGGAGGAAAACGAGGAGCAGAAAGAACAGGAAGAGCAGCAGCAGACAGCAACUGAGGAAGAUGCUGCUGAGGAGAAGACAGAGGAGCAGGAGGAGGCUGAAGCUGUGCCUGAAGAGUGAUUUGUUCUUCUUUUGUCUGAUUGAUGAUUUUGGUCUUGGAAGUUAAGAAAAAGCAUACCUAUUAUGCUUAAUUGUUCUGUUCCUUAAUGAUCCCUUCACCAAGCUGCCUUCAUCAAAUAAUGUUUCUGCUGUAAGAGGCGUAAACACCUUUCCCUCAGAUAUCAUGAAUGAAGAGGUGCUAAUGGAUGAGUCUUUGUUCAGGUCUUUACUGUCAUCGAGUCUGAGUCACUGCCUGUGGUUCAGUAUUCACUGCACCACACUUGUUUUGCCAGCAGGUGGCACUAUUGUAUGUGUUUUCCUCUGCUGUUCUAUCUUGUCCUGCACUGUUGUCACUACUGUUGUCACUACUAGUGUAAAAGCAAACUGCUGACAGGAGUCAUGUGGGAAAACUAAACCAUCACCAUGUCGAACCCUUAUGCUUAACCUGCUGUACUCAAACAGUAAAGUAAGAUGAAAAUCUGUCAAUCUGUCACCAAAGUCUUCAUGAGUAUUUCAUAAAAAAAACUUUUUUUUGGUGUGCCACUGCAGCAACACCUGGAGUCCUGUUUGCUCAACAAUAAAUCUUCU